AAACAUGACGUCAAAUGACGUCGUGCGUUUCCAAUCCCUUUCUCUUCCUUCAUCUAUUUAUAUAAUAUGAGCAAACUUCCUCGAAUGUCAGGGAGACCAUUGAGCUCUGGACGUACGAUUCGAUUGACGUACCAAUUAUACCGUCAAAAAGAAAGGUAUGGGUAUAUCCCUGUAUAACUACGUGAGGUGUGAGCUGACCAGGGGACAUGGUCUCAAAGAUGGCCAGGGACUGUUCUCAGAGAAGCAAAGGAGGGUCACUAGGUUCAUGAAGACUCCGAGGGAACUAGAGAAGUUAAUGCUGUUUGGGUUCCUAAUAAUGAUGGAUACCUUCUUGUUUGUGUUCACAUGGCUGCCUCUGAGAGCCUUGCUCAGUCUCACUGUCUACACAGCCAUACUGUCAUGUUGCAGCAAGUGGACACCUCUGCACUCUACCAUCUCAUCAAGGGACAGUCUGUCAUCAAGCUGUAUGUCUUCUUCAACAUGAUGGAGCACCUACGUUGACCCUAAAGCUGUGUCCCCUCUACUGGCUAAUCAGCUGGACAAAUGCCCCGGUGUGAGGCCAAUCGGUUAGGAGUCACUGCUCGCAGGAUAAUUGCUAAGGCCCCACCAACAAUAGAUAUUCUAGACGCUGCAGGUGGUUUACAGAUGUGUGCUGGGCAGAUAGCAGGUUGUGAGCCAGCAGCACACUCAAUAUUCGACAGACUCCUAGUAGCUUUUCAAGAGCUAGCAACAUGACAUCAUUUGUAUCCUCAAGCAAUCUAUAGUUACAGGAAACUCUAGCUCCUAGUUCCUGCAAGUACUACACGUGGCUCAUGGACUAGGCAUGUUAUAAAUUGCUGAAAGAGAUGAUGUCUCGAGGAAACACAGCUUUGGGAGUUACCUGGCAGAAAUGUGCUUAAUAGCCUCGUAACACGGAUAUUUUUCGAGGCUCCACUGCAGAUUCAAUGUAAAAUCAUCACGUGCACCACUCCGUUUCCUAUCCCUCUAACUCUUCAAUCUAUGGUGUGAGCAAUCUCAGUCAGUUUAACUGGGACCUAGUCUACCUAAAGUCAGUGCUCCCUGUGGUAGUCAUGGUGAUGGUUCUGGAGGUGGUGGUUGACUCAUCAAACAUGCCUUCAUCACCAAGUUCAAUGAUAUCAGUCCUGAUGUGUACAAGAAGUACCGUACCCUCCUAGCUAUGGACCUCGUCACUAGUAGACAAGACAAUUUAUGGGAUACAUUGUAUCAAACGUUUACUUUCCCUGGGAGAAAUGGAGCAAUCCUAUUUGUCGUCUUGUAUCUAUGUUUGCUAGCUGGCAAAGUUCUACUUGGUAUUACUUUACUGGGGAAAUCUUGCCACUACCGAUCGUCCCCAUCACCACCGUGUAGUCAUAGCAGCAACAAUCUGAUUGGUCAAUCAUCCAGUCACAUGACAACGCAAGGAAGUUUUAUUCCACCUAUACUCAGUCCUCGAUAUCGGAUAUUGGGCCGUUGGUUCAAAAGUCAAGCGAACAGGUGCUGGGGAAGAAAACUGUCCACUUAUGUAGCAAGUGUCAACCUAAACCACUAGCUCAAGUGGAGCGCUUCACACUGUGUAGCAAUAGUAAAUCAAUUUCAUUAUUAUGACUGUAUAAUAUUCAUCAUUAUUAUAAAGCUAGGGUUAUAGA